UGUGUUUGUGUGUGUGAGCAGGAGUUUGCGGUGUUGACCAAAGAGCUGAAUGUAUGUCGGGAGCAGCUGCUGGAGAGAGAAGAGGAGAUUGCUGAGCUCAAGGCGGAGAGGAACAAUACACGGCUGCUGCUGGAGCACCUGGAGUGUCUGGUGUCUCGUCAUGAGCGCUCUCUGAGGAUGACUGUGGUGAAGAGGCAGGCUCAGUCUCCUGCUGGAGUCUCCAGCGAGGUGGAGGUGCUCAAGGCCCUCAAGUCCCUAUUCGAACACCAUAAAGCCCUGGACGAAAAGGUGCGUGAGAGAUUGCGUGUGGCUUUAGAGAGAGUUUCUGUUCUAGAAGAAGAGCUGGAAGCGUCCACAAAUGAGGUUCUGUCUUUACGGGAUCAGAUUAAAAGGAGAGAGCGGGGUUUGGACAAUGGAAAGGAGCGUCUCCCGAAUGGCCCCUCCUCCAUCUUGGAUGAUGGCGAGAUUGACAGACAGAGAGAGGGAGAGAUCGAGAGACAGAGAGGAGAGCUUUCACAGUUAAAAGAAAGACUGGCACUCAUGUGCAGACAGGUUGGAGAGAUCGAGGAGCAGCUGACUACCGCCAGGAGGGAAUUAGCUAAAUCUGAGGAAGCCAAUCAGAAGCUUCAGAGGGACGUGAAAGAGGCGCUGUGUCAAAGAGAGGACAUGGAGGAAAGAAUCACCACCUUGGAACGCAGGUACCUCAGCGCCCAGAGGGAGGCAACCUCUCUCCAUGACAUCAAAGACAAGCUGGAGAACGAGCUUGCCAGCAAAGAGUCUUUAUACAGACAGAGUGAAGAGAAGAACAGGCAGCUUCAGGAGCGUCUAGACGAUGCUAAACAGAAGCUGCAGCAAACCCUCCAGAGGGCCGAGACGCUGCCCGAGAUCGAGGCUCAGCUCGCCCAGAGGGUGGCGGCACUCAACAAGGCGGAGGAGCGUCAUGGUAACUUUGAGGAGAGACUGAGACAGUUGGAGGCACAACUUGAAGAGAAAAAUCAGGAGCUACAGAGGGCCAGGCAGAGGGAGCGGAUGAAUGACGAACACAACAAGCGUCUCUCUGACACGGUGGACAAGCUUCUGUCAGAGUCCAACGAGAGACUGCAGCUGCACCUGAAGGAGAGAAUGGCUGCCCUGGAGGAGAAGAACGCUCUCUCUGAGGAACUCGCUAACAUGAAGAAGAUUCAAGAUGAUCUCUUAGCGAACAAGGAUCAACUGAUUGCAGAGCUGGAGAGGCUUCAACUAGAGCUGGACCAGCUGAGAGGAAGACCGGGUUCCUCUUACUCACGGUCUCUGCCAGGAAGUGCUCUGGAGCUGCGGUAUUCCCAGGGAGGUGGGUCACUUCCUGCUGGCUCCACCACUCACCUAGAUCAUUAUGGAAACACAGGCACAGGAGGCGUGGUCAGACGGGCUCAUCGUGGACGCUGGGGCGGGGCAAGGGAGGAACCUAGCAAAUACGGCGACUGGGACAGCGGAGCUCUGCUGGGCACUGGGUUCGAGGGGGGCGUAGAGGACAGGUGUUCUGAUGAUGAAGAGGAUCGCCAUACGCUCUUCGAACCGGAGCUGCUCUCGCCAAGCGGCCAGACAGAUGUGCAGACUCUCGCUAUCAUGUUGCAGGAGCAGCUGGAGGCCAUCAACAAAGAGAUUAAGCUGAUUCAGGAAGAGAAGGAGAGCACCGAGCUUCGCGCUGAAGAAAUCGAGAGCAGAGUCAGCAGCGUGGCUCUGGACGGCCCUCCAGUCCCCCCGACCUCUCUGGGGCGGGACAGCACAGGCCGUGGCUUCAUCCCCUCAUCCCUCACAUCCUCCACCCUGGCAUCCCCCUCUCCACCCAGCUCCGGGCACUCCACUCCCCGCCUGCCCCACUCCCCAGCGCGCGAGACAGACAGACAGAACAACAAAGAUGACGACAGGUCCCUGGCCCUUCUGGAUUCCACCCCUCCUCCCACCCCUCGUGCGCUGCGACUGGACAGGAUGACCCACACUCACCCUGGUGCAAUGUUGGAUGACAGUCGCGAGUUCCGCAGUCUCUCAGCUGAUGGCAGCAGCUCAAACAGCAGCCAGGACUCCCUCCACAAGGCCAGCAAAAAGAAAAGCAUCAAGUCUUCCAUCGGCCGGCUCUUUGGGAAGAAGGAAAAGGUCCGAAUGGGUCAGCCUGGACGUGAGUCAGCAUCUCUGGCCUCGACCCCCUCAGAUGACCUGGGCUCUGGGGAUGCCCUCGGACUCACUAAGAUGGCCGGUCCAGUGGACAAGGACCGUCGCAGCAAGAAGAAGCAUGAGCUGUUGGAGGAGGCCUGCCGACAGGGGCUACCCUUUGCAUCUUGGGACGGCCCCACUGUUGUCUCCUGGCUGGAACUGUGGGUGGGCAUGCCGGCGUGGUACGUGGCAGCCUGUCGUGCUAAUGUGAAGAGUGGAGCCAUCAUGGCUAACCUGUCAGACACAGAGAUCCAGAGAGAGAUCGGCAUCAGUAACCCUCUGCACCGCCUCAAACUGAGGCUGGCCAUUCAGGAGAUGGUGUCCCUGACCAGCCCCUCCGCCCCGGCCAGCACACGCUCCUCAACCAGUAACGUGUGGAUGACCCAUGCUGAGAUGGAGUCCCUGACCGCAGCCACCAAACCAGAGCUGAAAGAGAUUAGCUGGGAUCAGAUCCUGGCUUAUGGAGAUAUGAACCAUGAGUGGGUGGGCAAUGAUUGGCUGCCCAGUCUGGGUUUGCCCCAGUACAGAAGCUACUUCAUGGAGUCACUGGUGGACGCCCGCAUGUUGGACCAUCUGACCAAGAAAGAGCUGCGUGGGCAGCUGAAAAUGGUGGACAGUUUUCACAGGGUGAGCAUGCAUUAUGGCAUCAUGUGCCUGAAGCGCCUCAAUUAUGACCGCAAGGAGCUGGAGAGGAGGAGAGAUGAGAGCCAGCACCAGAAUAAAGAUGUGAUGGUGUGGUCAAACGAGCGUGUGAUGUGCUGGGUGCAGUCCAUCGGCUUGAAGGAGUAUGCAGAUAAUCUGACUGAGAGCGGUGUGCAUGGUUCCCUGCUCGCCCUGGACGACACAUUCGAUUACACUGACCUCGCCCUGCUCCUGCAGAUACCCAAUCAGAACACACAGGCACGACAACUUCUGGAGAAGGAAUACAACUCUCUCAUCGCCAUGGCAACAGAGAGGAGGCCAGACGAGGAUGGCACCAAGACGUUCACACGCUCCCCUUCAUGGAGGAAGAUGUUCCGGGAGAAAGAUCUGAGGGGCGUGACCUCUGACUCCUCAGAGACCUUGCCUGCUAACUUCCGUGCCUCAGCCAUCUCUACCCCUUCAGUCACCCUGAGGAAGGUCCAGAGCGAUGCAUCUCCAAGGGCAGAGUCUGGCUCAGUGAGGACCUACUCCUGUUGAGGGACUGCAAAGGAGGCGCCGUUGUCAGAGAGCUGGAACCGGCUUUACAUUUCAUUCACGGGGAGGAGGGGGGAUAAGCAGAAAAAAAGCAAUGAAUAUAUACAUUUAUAAAUAUAACUCUACUGGUCUGACCAUUCUGCAAUAACAGAAGAGGGAUGGAGAAAGAGCAAAAAAAAAAAAAGAGCAACAUGAAGAAUGUACGACACAAGAGUGGUAAGAAAUGGGAUGGUUGGAGGAAUCGGAUGACUGUUUAAUCUUUCUUUCUGUCGUUCUCUCUUCUCACUUCCUGUGUCUGUGCUGAUGGGACAUCUGUAGAUGAACUCUCUCGUCUUUCCAUCCUUCGUUUCAAUGGCGCUGCCCGCAGCCCUAGUUCCUCAGAAUGGCUUUCGUUGACCGCCUGCAAUUGGUCUCUUGAGUCUCUUGAUAGCAAAGGAUGUUUGUGGCAACUCAAGCUGGACUUCAGGGAUGUUUACAUACGGUUAGGGCCAGAGGAAGUGUUCUUAAGAGCACAGUGGAGGGGUCAGGCUGUGUGAGGCCAACACUUCACUGUAUGUGUUUCUCAAUCAGCACAAGCUGAGAAAGACCGCAGCGAGAGCUAGGCGCGAGGCUGCCGAGGGCACAAUUCUUGCUCAGUUACUUCUAGGUGUUUUUUUCAUCUUCAAGCAUUUAGAUUAAAGACUAAAAGUCAGCAGAGAGUAUCAGCAUAUGAAGGGAAGCUGGUGGUGGCAGAUAGAUCGAUGCUUGCGGACCAAGCAAGUGACCAGCAGACAUGAGUCCUGAUGGACGGAAUCAUUCUAACAACGCAAGCCAUAAAAAAAGACGACAAGCGGUGAAACGGGGGAUGG